UUAAACUUUCUUGUGAAGUCGGUGCCUCUUGUUUAAAGAGAACGCACUGAGCGUGUACAUAGACCAGCUUGUAAAUAUUAAAAGACUGUCUUGAUACAGUUUCAUCACAACACAACCUUUUAUUGGGACUUUUAUAAACCAGUACCGAAGCAAAAAAAGAAAAGGAGUGAAGAUUUUUGAAUUUUUGCUGAAGUGAAAAAAAAAAAAAAGGAUACUCAAUGGCCACUGCAAGGAUGGAAAACGUAGGUCCUGUUGUAAUGGGCAUCAGCAAGCCGAACGGGCUCAAAGGACAACCUAAGCCAGCUUCUCAAUCAGGACCCACUGCUCAGAGCAAUCCAUUCGGAAAGGUCGGAGCUCUAAAGCAAGCUGCAGACUCUCGUGAAGGUCCUGGAAUCAGGUUUGGUGAUGAUUGGAAAAAGAGCUUGCAUCUUCCACCCAAAGACAAUAGAGUGAAAACUUCAGAUGUGACGGCCACCAAGGGGAACGAGUUUGAGGACUACUGUUUGAAAAGAGAGCUACUGAUGGGGAUCUUUGAAAUGGGCUGGGAGAAACCUUCCCCUAUCCAGGAGGAGAGCAUCCCCAUUGCCCUUUCUGGUCGUGACAUCCUGGCUCGUGCCAAAAACGGGACAGGAAAGAGUGGGGCAUACCUGAUUCCCAUGCUGGAGAGGAUAGACCUGAAGAAAGACCACAUUCAGGCUGUAGUUAUGGUGCCCACUCGUGAGCUUGCACUACAGGUCAGCCAGAUCAGCAUUCAGCUCAGUAAGCAUCUGGGAGGAGUGAAAGUCAUGGCCACUACUGGCGGAACAAACCUACGUGAUGACAUCAUGCGUCUUGAUGAGAUUGUGCAUGUUGUCAUAGCAACACCAGGCAGGGUUCUGGACUUGAUCAAGAAGGGAGUAGCCAAAGUAGAUAAGGUUCAAAUUAUGGUAAUGGAUGAGGCUGAUAAGCUGCUCUCGCAGGACUUUGUGGUGCUCAUUGAGGAUAUAAUCAGUUUCCUGGACAAAAAUCGACAGAUUUUGCUCUAUUCUGCUACCUUUCCCAUCACUGUUCAGAAAUUCAUGAUGAAGCACCUGAAAAAACCCUACGAGAUCAACUUGAUGGAAGAACUGACCCUGAAGGGUAUCACUCAAUACUAUGCUUAUGUCACCGAGAGACAGAAAGUGCACUGCCUGAACACACUCUUCUCCAGGCUUCAGAUCAAUCAGUCGAUCAUCUUCUGUAACUCUACGCAGAGAGUAGAACUACUAGCCAAGAAAAUUACCCAGCUGGGUUACUCAUGUUUCUACAUCCAUGCCAAGAUGAUGCAGGAGUACAGAAAUCGAGUUUUCCAUGACUUCAGAAAUGGACUGUGCAGAAAUCUGGUAUGCACAGACUUGUUCACCAGAGGUAUUGACAUCCAAGCGGUGAAUGUGGUCAUCAAUUUUGACUUUCCCAGAAAUGCAGAAACCUACCUGCAUCGCAUUGGCCGCUCAGGGAGGUUUGGUCAUUUGGGCCUGGCCAUCAACCUUAUUACAGCUGAGGAUCGCUUUAACCUAAAGGCCAUCGAGGACCAACUGAUAACCGACAUCAAGCCUAUUCCCAGCAGCAUCGAUAAAAGCCUGUAUGUUGCUGAGUUCCAUUCAGCUGACCCAGACGCUGAGGAUGCAGCUGAGGAGCAGGAGAUACCUCAAACCCUCUAAAGUGCCACCGCAACUGGACAGAACAAUGAGAAUCAGACCUGGCUGCACAAACGACGGCUUUUGCACACACCAGCGCUUGAAAUCGAUGUCUUUUCUUUUUUCUUUCUUUAAACCUGAAAAUCCUGCAGCAGUUUAUGUUUACUCUUAUUUGUUUUUUUGUUUUUUUCAGACAAAAUGUCAAGGAUUGCAUCUGUGGGUGAGCUGAACUUGUAUUAUGCUUUGCACCAGAAAUAUUUUUAUCUUAAUGGAGCGAAUAUAUACAUUCCAAAGUCUAUUUGAGGACAGAUAUUUUGGUUUAUGGGAAAAGUCUUGCAAACUGUAAAAAAAAGGAAGUACAUAGUUAUGGUUGGGUCUAAAGUGUGGAUGAUUUUUUUUUUUCGCAGUUGAUUUCAUUUAAAAGAAAAAGAAGGCUGAAGAUAUGAAUUAGCUUUUUAAUGCUGCAAUGUUUAAGUUAGUUUCAGGAAUAUAAGCCUUGUUGCCAUAACCUGCCAGACACUCACUCAUGCGCAAACAAACACACACACACACACACACACACACACACACACACACACAUACAUACACACACACACACACACACACACACACACACGUUUUUACUCACUUAAGUGCCUUAAGAAGAUUCCAUUAGUUGCAGCUCAGAAAAAAAUGAAUUUUGAAAUCUGUCAUUAGUUUUAAUGAAACUAGUGUGAAAGGCUUGAAGCCUAUGCAUUAAUAAAACGUGUAGUGGUGCUACUCUGUAGUCAAAGAAAUAAAUCAAGUUUUCCGAAACGAGAUAUUGUAAAGGGAUGAUGACGUAGCAAGAUGUUAACAUGCCUCUUUACAAGCUAUGAAAUAAAAUUAAAGACCAAAACGAACACAAUACAUCAAACGUGAUCUCCAGCUCUAAAUAUAAAGGUAACACAAACAGCUGACAGUUCUAAGGGCAUAUUGCAAUAACAUAUGGCAGCUAAAGAUCUUUCUAUGUCCUUAAAUCUGAUUUGUUACAGUUGAACAGCCCAUCAUGUUAUGAGAAUGAAUUCAAGUGUUACUACAGAAUACAGAUCAGAUUCAUUCCACACAAGCAGCCUCUGAUAAUUCCUAUAGAAGAUUAGCAUGAGAGAAAUUAACGGGGUCUAAAAACACACAUACAUACACAUCUAUACACACACACACUAAAUGUUAGCAGGGGUGUUUGCAGGUUGAGUAUUAUAAAAAAAAGAAUGAUUGUUUUCUCUAUAAGUUCUGUGUGCAAAGCAUAUACAUUCUUGUUCUUUUGCGUUUAAGUACAUUUCUAGGUUUGGAGGUUUUUACACAGUUCGUUUCUUCAACCAGGUGUUUUUGUUUUGCUCGCCUCACAUACAAGUGAAUGUAUUAAAACAUGAGCAUGAAUGAGCCCAGAAUGAUUUUUGUUUUGAGAGUUAACAUUUGCUUUUUAUCUAUGAAAGAUGGAAGACUCAUUUAAAUAAACUAGUUUCUCUCCCUUACUGUUAGAAGGAUUUGAUUUUUCUGAUGUGUUUCGAGCAGAUCUGAAUUGUUUUAGUUGAGAGCAAAACUGUAGCAACCUCCGGCAGCUGUAAGAUUUCCCCUCGUUACGAAUACUUUCAAGUAAACAUUUCUGCUUUUGUUGUGUGAUUGAGAAUUCUUUUUGAGUUUUUGCAAGUAGCUUUGCUGGGUGCCAGUUCAUGGCUGUUGUGUGCCAUGCUUUAAUUCUGCUCUUAUUUCAGCUCUUAUAGCCAGCAUUACCUGAUUCACCACUGCUUUGCUGUAGCCCUACUUUCACACCAGCAGUGAUCUUUAUUAUUAUUAUUUUUUGCCAUGACUAUACGAAAUAAUAAGUAAAAGUAAACCACUGGUGGCUGUUUAGAUUAUAUACAUUAGGGAUGUGAAGUUGCCACAUUUUCAUACCCAAUAAACAACCCUCAUUUAGUGGUUGAUUAGCAAGCAUGUUGCUACCUAUUUAACCCAAUGUGUUUGCUUUGAAUAAAGCUUAUUAUGGCUAAUGACAUGGUCAGCAGGGUGAACAUUUAAAUAGCGACAAUACAUGUCAAGCUGUAGUUACUCAUUAAGCCCUUAAAGAUUAUUGUAGAUAAAGAAGAUUGUAGACCUGCGUAUGCACACAUUUAACCAACCCAACACCACCACCACGCUUACAUAUUUUUUGCCGUCCAAAACUCAUCCUCUAACGGUCAUAUUUGGCCUGAUUGGGCUUUUACAAAUGUUGAUUGGAUUGGAUCCUGACUGCAUGAGGCGAGUUCAUUAUGCAGAUCAGCUUUGUAUACAGAGAGCCACACCCUGAUCAACGCAUUAUUCCUUGACUCUGUGCAGGCACCAUCAGUCAGCCAGCAGAGGUUGUAAUUGCCUCAGUUAUGAAGAGUUCCCUGUCCGGCUCCCACCCUGUAUGAACAACUGCGAAUCCUUGUUCAUGUAGGCGUCAGCCCAGCCGGAUGGCAGAGCUGAGUUUUGAACUGACAAGUGGCUGUUUUGAUUAGUGCAUUAAUAACAUGUAAUGACUCUAAUGGAGAUUUAGGUUAACUGGUUUAAUCUGGGCUAAAAAUGCUCUUAUUAAGCUCACCAAGGAUCCAAUUUUUACAUCUUUUAAAGCCUGUUGUCUAUUCCAAAGCAAUACAGCACUACAAUCCUGUGGCAGGAAUUAGAAACCAUGUAGUCAUAUAAUUAUAACACUACUCAGUUGAUUUCCAGAAAGUCCCUAAACUAAACAUUUUCACAUCAUUAGUUCCUCCCAUUUCACAUUGGCGGGUGGCUACCACUUGUCAGAAAGCAAACAGAUACAUUUUCCAACCACUUUUUUUGAAUAGAAUCACUGCUGGUGUGAACCCUUGGUUAGAAUGUGGAUUUGUGGAAUGACCAUGAGCAUAUUUGUGCUUCUAAAACUUGGGGUUUUUGAGUGGAGUUUGAAGCAAUCAAUCAGAAUUUGGCUUGUUUUACUAAAUCACUCUGUCUUUAUGUGAAAAGGAAAUUCUGUUCAUAUUCAUGCUCUUAUUUUCUCUCCAGUAGUUGUGUAGCGCAUCAUGGAACUAAUUUGUGAUUGGGUUUGCUUUCUGUGGGCAGGAUCUUCUAUAUGUGUGAAUGUCAACCUGAUUUUACAGUUUACAAAAAGAUUAAAAGAAGGUUGUGGGGUUUGGAUUUCCUUCAGCUGGGUGGUGAUACUGAAUUUCAGGACUUAAACUGAAGCAUAACCAAAAACGUGUGAGUGGCGUGAAUCAGAGAUUGAAUGUUGUAUGAUGUGUACAUGUUAGUGUUUGUGUCUGUUAGCUUGUGUCUGUUAACUGAAAAUGCUGCAUUUGUCACCCUGUAUGUUAAAGCGUUUGCAGAUAUGGAUGAGUUUGUGUGAUUGAGUAAAAUUUUCAGUCCCGUGGUCUGUUUUGUUGGUACUGGUAUCUGCAGGCUGGGCUUUACUUUUUGUUGAGGGUGGAAAUCUAAUCUGAGCCAGUACGCUUACGCUUGCAAAGAAAUUUCAGUUCCACGCUGAUAACAAUGCUUUAGGUGGCAUUUUCCACACAGUAAUUGAACUCUUCAAAAACAUUUGCUUGAGUAAAAUUGGGAGUAAAAUAAGUUUUUUUUUUUUUUUUCUUUGACCUAUGAACGUAAGCAAUAAGAAAUCUGCAGCAAUGGAAUAAAAAGUAAAGCACUGGGUUAAAAUCUCAGAAUGAGCUGUACACAGUUGUACAUGCCACAAGUCUUAAGAAUUCUUGUUGGUUCUUAAGUUCUUUUCUUUAUUUUUGGUUUUCCCCCAAUGUAACAUCCCUUUCAAGCUGCCUCAGCUAUGUAUGAGAGAUUACUCACUUUAAACAAAACCACACUAGUGGGUAUAAUUAUUUUCUAUUUUAUUUUACUGACAUGCAUAAAAAUGAUUUUGCUUGGUCAAUUCUUGAACGUGAACUUUCUCUGGUCCAGAUUUCAUAUGAUUUAACGUGGGGGAUUAACUAUUUAGUUUAUCAGCGAUGUCCGGGCGAGGGACCAACAUUUCAUGAAUAAAGUCUGGGAAUAUGUGCCCAGAGGAGAUGUAUGCAUAUUUGCAUCAAUAAAAAUGUUCUUGUUUAAAUUUACUUAGAUUUGAUGAAAUUGUCCAAACAAAACUCUUACAAAUUAUUACAAAAUGCAAAACUGGAAACGGGCAAACUGGAAAAGGCAAUCGAUGUAAGAAAUCAAAACAUGCUUAUUGGCUUAGAACUAAACGUUGUUGCAUAACCCCUGUUAAAAUACGUUUUUUGUUUUUUUGUGAACUCUCUUACUGGCUGUGUUUUAAAGUGAAACUAAUGCAGGAGAUUUGCUUGAGCAAAAUAAAACCAUUACCUGCA